UUUGACUUCAAUUUGCAAAAGUUGGCUCAUAUUUAGUUAUGUUAGUAGCUUUGAGUUGCUUUAGAUGUGUUGGCAUAAAUCGCCAAAAGAGGGAGAUUGAAAGGGAAAUGUGCCUUGGGCAAUUUCUAGUUGUUUUGGUGAUUAAAUGAUCAACACACCACUUUUAACUAACAUUGUUCAUAUGAGCAUGAGCACAGGUUUAAGUCAAGAAAAUUGAAUAUGUGAAGUCCAAAAUGAGUUGGAUUGGAAGACAAAAAGUGUAACCUUGGGUAAAACUAUAAAAACAGAAGGUUUAAGUAUUUGAAUAAGUUGCACUUACACUAUAUUUUGUUUCUUGUACCUUUGUUUGACUACUAACUUGUUUGUGAAAGUAAAGUGGCAUUAUUUGGACUUAGCUUGAGCAUAUUGCAAACCAUUUUGAAAUGAAGUGAUAAAUGUAUGAUUCUAGCUCUUAGUCAAUUAUUUUUGUUGCUAACUAUAUUUGUCUAAAUAAUAGGAAUCAUUAAAAAGAGAGUAAAAAAGAAGUGAAGGGGUUUGGCUCAAAAGAGCCAAACUUGGGCUAGACUGGAUUUCACCGGACGGUCCGCGUGCGUUGGGUUCACGAUAGACUCCGUGUUGUGCGUGGAGGUUUCUCGCUACUGUUGGGAGAUCGUGGGGCGUCAGAGCACGAUGAGUCUGGAGUAGACCCCGCGUUGUGCGUGGAGGGUUCGUGCAGUCGUUGGGAAACGAUAAACCCAAUGGACGAGACACCAGGGAUGCCGCAUGGCUGAGCGAAGCCUGUUGUGUGCGUACGUACUACGGAUAGAUGAAAAAGAGAACCGCAUGUUAGUUUAUAAAGAAAUAUGAGGAUGUUUUUUUAAAAUAUGACGCAGAACUACUAUCGAAAUUGAUACUUUAAUAUAAUAAAAAAUAAUAUUACGUCAUGACAUUUUGUAUACUGUGAUAUUUUUAAAAAUGUGUUCCGAAACACUCCUUAAUGAUGGCAACCAAACAUGUUCUACAUAAAUAACCCUGAUCAACGGUUCACUCUCGCUCAUGUAAGUUUUAGAACAAUUCGUGUUGAAUGUUUGUAGGAAUCCUGAUUUUAAAAUAUGUUAAAUUUUGUACGAGGCACGUUUACUAAUGAUAUAGGUGGUGCUUACAGGUGUGGAUUUUCCGGAGCACACAAAUCUCCAUGGCCAAGUUUGAUUUUCUCCCAUCUUUAGGUACGUUCCACAAGAGGGACGUGCCAUCCUCAGCCUCAACGCGGCUGGAACGAUCGAUCAAACGAGACAGACAGGCUCCCCGCUCCCGACUGCUGCCUGCGACGACUCGCCCGACCGGACCCUUCCAACCAAGCCGGUGACGGUGAGGACGCCUGGCAAGCUCGCCCGUCCACGUGUCCCCUUUUCGAGGCCGCCAUCUCGCCCCCGCGCUUUUGUGCGUCAGCCGCCGCGCAGCCCAACACCCGCAUCAAAACACGCACCUCGGCUCCUCCCCUCCCCACCAGGCACCAAGGUCGCCACCGCCACCGCUGCCCCAAAGUAUCGCACCCCCAAAGCCCCGCUCCCUCACCUUCUGGAACCUUCCUCGCAUGGCCCCGCCCCCCUCCAUGCCUGCCGCCUCCGAUCGCGCCGGCCCUGGCCGCGACGCGGGCGACUCGUCCUCCCUUCGCCUCCGCCGCGCCCCCUCAGCCGACGCCGGCGACCUUGCCGGCGAUUCCUCGGUAGGCUUGCGGGAGAACGGCGAGCCGCAACCGCCGACGAAUCCGCCGCCGCAGGAGCAGCAGCAGCAGCACGAGAUGCUAUACUACCGCGCGUCGGCGCCCGCCCACCGCCGCGUCAAGGAGAGCCCCCUCAGCUCUGACGCCAUCUUCCGGCAGAGCCAUGCUGGUCUUCUGAAUCUAUGCAUUGUUGUUCUGAUCGCAGUGAACAGCAGACUCAUUAUUGAGAAUUUAAUGAAGUAUGGCCUGUUGAUAAGAGCUGGAUUUUGGUUUAGUGCAAGAUCGCUGGGUGACUGGCCCCUUCUAAUGUGCUGCCUCACUCUACCAGUUUUCCCACUAGUUGCACUCAUGGCUGAGAAGCUGAUCACAAGAAAGCUCAUUGGUGAACAUGUGGUUAUUCUACUCCAUAUCAUUAUUACAACAUCUGCCAUUGUCUAUCCAGUUGUUGUGACUCUUAAGUGUGACUCAGCAGUACUAUCUGGAUUUGUGCUAAUGUUUCUUGCGAGCAUCAUGUGGAUGAAGCUUGUCUCUUAUGCACAUACAAAUUAUGAUAUAAGGGUAUUGUCCAAAAGUACUGAGAAGGGUGCUGCAUAUGGAAAUUAUGUCGAUCCUGAGAAUAUGAAAGAUCCAACCUUUAAAAGUCUAGUGUACUUCAUGUUGGCCCCAACACUUUGUUACCAGCCAACUUAUCCUCAAACUACAUGUAUUAGAAAGGGUUGGGUGACCCAGCAACUCAUAAAGUGCGUGGUUUUUACAGGCUUGAUGGGCUUCAUAAUUGAGCAAUAUAUAAACCCAAUUGUGAAGAAUUCCAAACAUCCACUGAAAGGGAAUUUUUUGAAUGCUAUAGAAAGAGUCUUAAAACUCUCAGUGCCAACAUUAUAUGUAUGGCUUUGCAUGUUCUAUUGCUUUUUUCAUUUAUGGCUGAACAUUGUAGCUGAACUCCUCUGUUUCGGUGACCGUGAAUUCUAUAAGGACUGGUGGAAUGCCAAAACUGUUGAAGAGCCUGUUCAUAAGUGGAUCAUCAGACACAUAUAUUUUCCAUGUAUAAGGAAAGGCUUUUCCAGGGGUGUAGCUAUUCUAAUCUCGUUUCUGGUUUCAGCUGUAUUCCAUGAGAUAUGUAUUGCGGUGCCGUGCCACAUUUUCAAAUUCUGGGCAUUUUCUGGGAUCAUGUUUCAGAUACCGUUGGUAUUCUUGACAAGAUAUCUCCAUGCUACGUUCAAGCAUGUAAUGGUGGGCAACAUGAUAUUUUGGUUCUUCAGUAUAGUCGGACAGCCGAUGUGUGUCCUUCUAUACUACCAUGACGUCAUGAACAGGCAGGCCCAGGCAAGUAGAUAGUUCGGCAGAGACAUGUACUUCAACAUCGACCAUCAGAAGCAGACUGGAGCGACGCGGCAGGAAGCAGCAGUAGCCCCUCACUUGCCAUUGUUUACCAUCAGCUAGCAGCUGGUCAGCCUGAAAAUGCUUCUAUUCCAGGCGGCCGUGCUGGGAUGCAGCGUGUACAUUACCAGCGAUGCAACGUCAACGGUUACCAAGCGCGGAUAAGCAGUGCUCGUGGCAUGUGAACUCUGUACACAUUGAAGUCUAUAUGUCCGCGGUGCUGUGUGCAUAAUGUCGUGGUAGAUGUAAUAUGUACAAUGUAUGCCACGACUUAAGAGGUCAAAAUGAGGCUCACGUCUUGGGAUGGAGGGAGAACGACUUUCAAAGAA